AUGGAUGGGUUAUUCCAAACUAAUUGCCAAAUAGCCACCAUAUUUACUUUGCAUAGGUUUCCUAUAUGUUUUUCAGGAAACAAACAGCGUAUAAUGAUGUUUUCUGUGUUCUCUGCAGCCCUGGGAUUCAUGAACAGCUCAGCGACAAGCACUGUGACUGAGUUUGUCCUCCUAGGCUUCCCUGGUUGUCAGGAGUUGCAAAGGUUCCUCUUUGCCCUGUUCUUUGGGAUCUACAUAUUUACCAUGUUGGGAAAUGGGAUCAUUGUCUGUGCUGUGAGGUUGGACCAACGGCUCCAUACCCCGAUGUAUAUUCUCCUAGGGAACUUUGCUUUCCUUGAAAUCUGGUACAUUACCUCCACUGUGCCCAGUAUGCUAGCCAAUUUCUGCUCAGAGACAAAAUCCAUCUCUUUUGUUGGCUGUUUCCUCCAGUUAUAUUUUUUUACUUCCCUUGGUACAACUGAGGCAUUUUUCCUCUGCAUCAUGGCAUAUGAUCGGUACCUCGCUAUCUGCCGCCCAUUGCACUACCCGACAGUCAUGACCCAACAACUCUGCUAUAUCUUGAUGUCUCUUUGCUGGGUAUUUGGGUUCCUUAGUUACUCUGUCUCUACUGUACAGCUCUCUCAAUUGCCUUUCUGUGGGCCCAACUCCAUCGAUCACUUCAUGUGUGACAUGGACCCACUGAUGUCUCUGUCCUGUGCCCCGGCUCCUGUCACUGAGAUUGUCUUCUAUGUCCUUAACUUCCUCAUUAUCAUCCUCACUCUCCUGUACAUCCUUAGCUCUUAUUCCCUUUUACUGAUAGCUGUGUUAAAAGCCCCUUCAGCAGCUGGCCGGCAGAAGGCCUUUUCUACCUGCGGAUCACAUCUGACGGUGGUGUGCUUAUUCUUUGGGGCCCUUUUGGCAAUGUAUGGGAGCCCCACAGCUGAUAACCCAGCGGAAAUGCAGAAGAUUAUGACUCUGUUCUACUCGGUGGUGACUCCCUGCUUAAACCCUCUGAUUUACUGUUUACGAAACAAGGAAAUGAAGGCUGCCCUGAAGAAAGUCCUGAGGAUAAAAUGA